UCGACGACCUUGCUUUGACUUUGGGACAUGGACUUAUCGCGAUCUUAACAUCUCGCGUUUGGAUUUAUCGAACGGCAGCGGCAGCCAGCUACGUGACGUUACCGUUAAUGGGAGAGGCGUAACUAAAUAUUCUGCAACCAGCAACGUCGAGUUCUUCCUCAGGAAUAUCGCGACAAACUGCCAGAAGAGCAACAUCGCUAUGGCGCUCAAUAAACUCAGUAUCGAUAAAGUAGAAUUGGCGGAUAAGAGAGUGCUUAUACGAGUCGACUUCAAUGUACCGCUGAAGGAGGGAAAGAUAACGAACAAUCAAAGAAUCGUCGCUGCGUUGGACACGGUGAAAUAUGCUGUCGAUAAAAAGGCCAAAUCGAUCGUUCUGAUGUCCCAUUUGGGUCGACCUGACGGCAAGAAAGACGAGAAGUAUACGCUGAAACCUGUGGCUGAGGAACUGAAAGCCCUGUUGGGAAAGGAGAUAUUGUUCUUGAACGAUUGCGUAGGUCCCGACGUGGAAGCCGCUUGUGCCAAUCCAGCGCCUGGCACUAUUAUUCUGUUAGAAAACUUGAGGUUCCACGUCGAAGAGGAAGGCAAGGGGUUAGGCCCUGAUGGCAGUAAGAUUAAAGCUGACAAGGAUAAAGUUACUGAAUUCAGAGCAUCCUUGAGGAAGCUAGGAGAUGUUUAUAUAAAUGAUGCCUUUGGUACUGCUCAUCGUGCUCAUAGUUCCAUGAUGGGAGAUGGAUUUGACGUCAGAGCGAGCGGCUUCUUACUCAAAAAGGAACUGGAAUACUUUGCGAAAGCUUUGGAUAACCCGGAAAGACCGUUCCUGGCUAUACUCGGUGGUGCCAAGAUCGCGGAUAAGAUCCAGCUGAUUAACAAUUUAUUGGACAAAGUAAACGAAAUGAUCAUUGGAGGCGGUAUGGCCUAUACGUUCUUAAAAGUGUCGAAAAACAUGAAAAUUGGAAAUUCGUUGUUCGACGAGGAGGGCGCAAAAAUUGUCAACGAGCUGCUGGACAAAGCGAAGAAGAAUAACGUCCAAAUUCACUUGCCAGUAGAUUUCGUGACUGCUGACAAGUUCGCGGAGAAUGCAGCGGUAGGAGCUGCCGAUGUUGAAAACGGUAUACCCGACGGAUGGAUGGGUCUUGACGUUGGUCCAAAAUCAAGAGAAUUAUUCGCAGAACCGAUUAAGAGAGCAAAAGUUGUAGUAUGGAAUGGCCCAGCUGGGGUAUUCGAAUUUGAGAACUUCAGCAAAGGCACCAAGAGUCUGAUGGACAAUGUCGUCGAGGCAACGACUCGCGGUACGAUCACGAUUAUCGGCGGUGGGGACACGGCGACGUGCGCGGCCAAAUGGAAAACCGAGGAUAAAGUGAGCCACGUGAGCACCGGCGGUGGUGCGAGUCUGGAACUCCUGGAGGGUAAAGUAUUGCCAGGAGUGGCCGCCCUUUCUUCGUCGUAAAUUGCGUGAUAGACAUCAAUGUAAAGGCCAUUUAUUGUUUAAAAGAAAAAAACAUCGUACAAUGGUGCACAUUUGUUUGUCACAUUAGCCAUUGCAUAUAGAAGUUUUAACUAAUAGCGUUCGAGUAUCGAGGCGACUUCCUGUUCAUCUUCCAUCUAUCGAUCGCGAUCGUAAUGUCCAGUUCUUGGAAUUUCCUUCCGAUGAAAAAUUGAAUUGUAUCUCGCGAUGUAUUUAGAUAUCCAUGUACAUUAGUGUAAAUCUACGGAUGCACGAUGCAAGUGUGUAUGCUAAACGUAAUAUAGUAAAACAACGUAAAGUAAAAACCGUUGUUGUUAAAUGUAGUUGCACGGUGAAAAGUUCACUCAUACUUGCAACACAAAUUCAGAUUGCUCUUUGGCAACGAAGCUUCCAAUCUAAAUGCGGAAUAAACGUCAAAAAUCUGAUGUUACCUUUUACUACAUGUAUGUAACAACAUUUACAGACUCGUAAAUAUAUAAUUGCGAUAA